AUGACCUUUUCCAAGUCUGUGUUUGAAGCUGUGGUAGUGGCUAAUAGCGCUUUCAAAGUGGCGUGCGAGUCUGCUGGUUUGGCGAAACGUGAUUUGUCCCGGUGGUAUGAAUUCUCCGGUACUCGCAAGAUGGUGAAGACUUUUGAUGGUUCCAGUUCUAUGUGGGAUGAAACUCAACAAAAAUCUGUUGAAGCCCGAAGAAGUGCGGAAACUCGGUCAAAACAUCGUCGUAAGACUCCGGGUACUACACAGAAAUCACAGACCAGAGAAUACACCACGAAGACUACGGCGUCGACAUCGGAUGAACAAAUUGAGUCGAUAGAAAAGGUCAAAACCAUCGGUUUAAAGGAAAAAAGUCCAGUUGAAUUGCAUCAGAGUCAGGUUCCCAGUAGUAGACUUUCGAGAAUAUUCCAUUACGGAACUCUUGCAGCAGGUAUGAGUUUGGGUGCCGCUUCACAAGGUAUCAAGCAUUAUGCAGCGGGAAAUACCUCUACUCCAUCAAUGAAAACAUUAUUCUUUACUCCUGAAAAUAUGGAACGAAUGGCUACAAAAUUUAGUCAAAUGAGAGGUGCUGCUUUGAAAAUUGGUCAAUUACUUUCAUUCCAAGACCUGUCUGUGCUUCCUAAAGAGAUUCAAGAAAUCAUUCUUAGAGUACAAAACUUGGCCCAUUACAUGCCUCAAGGACAAUUGGAAAAAGUUAUGGUUGGAGAUUUAGGUGAUGGGUGGAGAGAACGAUUAUUUGCAUCUUUUGAAGAUGUUCCUAUUGCUGCAGCUUCAAUUGGUCAAGUUCAUAAUGCAGUUACUGAAGAUUUGACUCCAGUGGUAGUUAAAGUUCAAUACCCUGGGGUUAAGGAUUCUAUUGAUUCUGAUUUGAAUAAUAUUCUUAUGCUUUUGACUGCUUCUUCUAUCUUACCUCCAGGAUUAUUCUUGGAUAAGUCUAUCGCCAAUGCUCGUGUGGAAUUGAAAUGGGAAUGUGAUUAUAUUCGAGAAGCACAAAAUUUAAUCCGGUUUAGAGAAAUGAUUAAAGAUGAUCCAGCUUUUACAGUUCCUCAAGUAUUCCAUAAAUUAUGUGGAGAACAUGUGUUAACAAUGGAGAGAAUGAGAGGAGUAGAAAUCAUCAAAGGAGAUUGGGAUCAAGAAACAAAGGAUUGGAUUGCUACAAAUAUCAUGAGAUUAUGCUUGGAAGAAAUUGCAAAAUAUAAGUUUAUGCAAACUGAUCCUAAUUGGGCUAACUUUUUGUAUAAUGAAAAUACAAAGAAGAUUGAAUUGUUAGACUUUGGGGCUGCAAGAGAUUUUCCUGAUGAAUUUAUUAACAAUUAUGUCAGUGUAUUGAGAGCUGCUGCAUUAGAGGACGAGGCCAAGGUGGAAGAAUUCUCGGUCAAAUUAGGUUAUUUGACUGGGUUGGAGAGUCCAGCCAUGAAGAAGGCUCAUGUUGAUUCAGUAAUGGUAUUAGGUGAGGCAUUCUCACCUAAACUGAAUAAUGGAAAGCCAUUCAAUUUUAAAAACCAAACCAUUACAGACAGAGUUAGGGGCAACAUUGGAUUAAUGUUAAAUGAACGGUUAACUCCACCACCUGAAGAAACUUAUUCCUUACAUCGGAAACUCAGUGGUGUAUUUUUGUUGUGCGCCAGAUUGAAUGCCAGUGUUCCUUGUGAACAACUUUUCAGGGACGUUAUUGGUUUUGAAGAACCAAAAUCUAAAUAA